AAACAAAUCGAUGACAGCGACGGGAAUUUUCACUCGCUAAGAGUGACGACAUUUUGUCAAUAAAUUGUAAAUUUCUUCACAGUUAUAGUUAAAAUUCGUAGUUAAUAGUGUUAAAUAAGCCACGAAAAUGGCAGACAAUGAACAAAAAGCGAUGCAGUUGAUGGCGGAGGCGGAGAAAAAGCUUAAUUCUUCGAAAUCGUUCCUCGGUUCACUGUUCGGAGGUUCAUCAAAAGUGGAGGAAGCGGUGGACUGCUACCUGCGAGCAGCCAACCUGUUCAAGAUGUCCAAGAAGUGGCCUCAAGCAGGCCAGGCCUUCUGCCUCGCUGCCCAGCUCCACCUGAAAGCUGGUGUGCGUCACGAUGCUGCCACUAACUUCGUUGAUGCGUCCAACUGCUACAAGAAGUGUGACCCUAACGAGGCUGUCUCGUGUCUUCUGAAAGCAAUUGAAAUCUACACUGACAUGGGAAGAUUUACUGUAGCAGCUAAACAACAUCAGAACAUAGCGGAGCUGUACGAGACGGAGUGCGUGGACCUGGCGCGCGCCAUGCAGCACUACGAGCAGGCGGCGGACUACUUCCGCGGCGAGGAGUCCACCUCCUCCGCCAACAAGUGCAUGCUGAAGCUAGCGCAGUACGCCGCGCAGCUCGAGCACUACGACAAGGCCAUCCAGAUCUACGAGCAGAUCGCGAAGUCGUCAUUGGACAACAGUCUGCUGAAAUACAGCGCCAAGGAGUACAUGUUCCGCGCCGCGCUGUGCCACCUGUGCGUGGACAUCCUGAACGCGCAGCACGCACUCGAGAAGUACUGCGGCCUCUACCCCGCCUUCACCGACACCAGGGAGUGCAAGCUCAUCAAGGAGCUGAUCGAACAUUUGGAAGACCAGAACGUGGACGCGUACACCGAAGCGGUGAAAACAUACGACAGCAUAUCCCGCCUCGACCAGUGGUACACCACCAUGCUGGUGCGUAUCAAGAAACAGAUCAACGACAACCCGGACCUGCGCUGAACUGGCCCCCACAACCCGCCCGCCCCUGUAAGUCGCUUUGUUGUCUGCGGAUAGAAAAAAAAAAACUUUCAUAAACAUUUUGGAUUCUUUUAACUUUAACUGCUAUUUUAGAUAUACUCAGAGGCACAAUUAUCCGCCCACUUUAAUAUGACGCGAGUAUAUUAAAGUGGGCGGAUAAUUGUGCCUCUGAGUAAAGAAUAUAAUGGACAGUGGCGUGCACUUCAUAGAUGCUAAAAUUCACUGUCUACCCUAAGAGCUCAAUACAAACCUAUGAUGGACUGCAGAAUACAUUGUCGGACAAGGAAUUUCCAAUACUUAUAGUGCAUACCCUAGUUAAAAACCUGCACGCCACUGAUAAUGGAGGGUAGGAGAACCUUUCUUUGGACAAAUUGAGUAUUUCAGUGUCAAAAUAACUUAACAAGUUACGAUAGUACUGAAAAAAAUCAGCAACUUAAUACUACCGGUAUAUAAAUAUAUAGUAUACCGGUUAUCCUGCCUGAUCUCUCACCGGUCGUGUCGGUCUGCCGUCCCAUCGGAUUUCGAGAGUGAGGGAAGAGAGAGUGCACCUGUGCUUGCGCAUACACUUGUGCACUAUAAUAUCUCCUGCGUACAUGGCUAAUCUCACCAUGAGAUUAGCCGCCGUAACCGAAAAAAAAAUAAAAGUCGGUCGGGAGCAUAUUAUUAUUAUACCGGUUAUAAAAUUAAGAUACAAUGGCGGUAUUUUUUAAGUGUAACUUCUUCACGCACGCUUGACUUGGGGAGUAAGCUUAGUGCGUAACGAAAAGUGUAAUCGGGCGAGGCGAACGAACGUUGGUAGGGUAAGCUAAAGAAGUUGUAAUUCAGUUGAGUGAUCUAAAGCAAACUUGUUUUUUGAAGUGAUAACUUCUUAUGGGUGGGUAAACCGAUUCGUAACGUAACGCGUUACGGCGCCAUUCUGUCUGGAUUUUAUUUCUCUCGCAUACGACAGCAGGUUAAGUUAUCACUUCUGUUAAGCGUCUAGCACACGUUUUUUUUAAAUUAUCUCUUGUUGUACUGUGUGUGAAAUGUCCUUUAGAAAGUUUAAUAAUGGUGGCGCCAUCAAUAUGAAGGUCUAAUUAAAGUCCAAUGGACAUUUCAUACAGUGUUGGUUCUCCUAUACCCUACCAUCCAUACUGUAUAUCUAUCUGUAAUUAGGUAGUUAAGUCAUUUUGUUUAUGGUGGUUUUUGACAAAUCUCUGGGCGUGAAAACUAUUUUUUUUAACACGCAAAGAAUUGCGUGUAGUUAUUUGAGCUAGAUUAAAGCAAUAUGAAGUAAAUAUCAACAAUUAGGAAUAAAAACAAAUUGUAUAAGUCUUAAGAAACACAAUAGUGCCUGUUCAAUUGUACACAAAUCUAAGGUAAACUAAAUUGCCAGCUGAAAAACCUAAAUAUCCUUUUCAAAAAUGUAAACUUUUUGCUAGAUCUUCUAUGGUCUGACUAAAAGAAAUAUCAAAGUGUAAAAAUUUGGCAAAAAAAGGUGAAAAUACAGAGUGAAACUUGUCAAUAUAUCUAACAUAACGUAAACUACAUAAAAAACAUACACGAAAUACAUCUAUCCUUUUCACAAUGUUCUCUGUAGAAAGGGAAAGACCUAUAUUCAGAGUUGUUAAUAAAGUUUAGAAAUUUCUGUACCACUGAAUUGGCACUAUUAUUAUUACUAUACUCAGGGGCACAAUUAUCCGCCCACUUUAAUAUGACGCGAGUAUAUUAAAGUAGGCGGAUAAUUGUGCCUCUGAAUACAUUACUUAAAUAACAUUUAAUAAUGUUUACAAUAGUGGCUUUUUGGAUUAAUGUUAUAUAACUUAUAUCUCAUUUUUGUAUCAAUGAUAAAAAAAAAACGUAAUAUUGUUGAUAAUAUAAUAUGACUUUAUGCGACGCAGCGGCGGGUGCGACCGAUAUUAUUUCAAUUUCAACUCUUGUAGCAUAUUUAUUGCCUAUUACAUUACAUUUGAUUGAAUAGGUUAGGCAUAGGAUUACACUACCGGGCAAAAAAAGCUAUCAAUUUACUAGGGUACAAUAAUAUAAUGUAAUUUUUUUCUGUGGAUGGUUAUUGCCUGUUAAAUCUUGUCAAAAUCUUUUUUAUACUAUGUACAAAUAUAUUAAUUUAAAUAAAUAAAUAUAAACAUUAUCAUUGUUUAAUUGUUUUAAUGACAGUUUGUUUAAAAUUUAUAUUUGCAGUAAACAGUAUUAGUAUAAAAUUAAAAACGGAACGCAACGAACGAAGUUUUUGCUAGUCAAAAAUAUUGUACUAACACUUUUAAAUAUGUAUAUAUAUGUAGUCAAUUUUGCAUUCAUUUAAUAAUUAUUGUUAUCCACAAAAUUAUUAAUUUUAGUAAAUUUUCUAUAAAUUGCUAUAAUUUUGUGAAUACAAAGUUAUAAAAAAUGAUGCGACUACAUUGUAAGUGUAAGCAAGUAUUGACUGCUAACUCGCCUGAUGUAGCAGAUUUUUUAACAUUUUUUUUUAAAUAAGUGUGCCUAAUUUUUUUGCCCGGUAGUGUAAUUUAAAAAUUUAGUAUUCAAGAAUUAGUUAUUACAAUGUAGUAGUUAAGUCGAGGGUUUUCUAAGGAUCAUGAUUAAUAAGCAAUGCACUGCAAAAAUAUUCCAUAUGUAUAAGUACACUAGAAUUAUAAUAUAAAAAAGUCUUAUAUUAUGGCAACACUUAAUAACAAUGCAUUUUUAGGCUUAAUAAGACUUUAUUUCAAAUCUUUGAAUAAAAUGUAGGACUCAUUUAUUUUAUAAAUAUGCUCAAAAGGCUAAGAAAAUUUAUUAUGGUACUUGAUAAAAAUGAAGUAAUUAUAUUUUCAUUUUGAAUUUUGUUAGUCGAAUCUGAGUCUUACUGGUGAUAAGUACUAAAAAUAUAGACUUCAAGAUCAAGUACUGACCUUCAAAAUAAUAACAAAUUGGUUUUGAUUCAGAAAAAAAUUGAUUUGUAAACAAUUUGACAUAUGUCAGAAUAGAUUAUUGAACUUUAAAUUCAUUCACGAAAUAAUGCUUUAAAAUAAAGCUUUUAAAAGAUCUUUGGAAUCAUUGAAUAGUCAAAAUGUAUCUCAAUUUGUAACAAUAUGGAAUGUAUUAAAAAUCACCUUGAUUUUGUCAUAAUAUGGUAGAUAUUUCCAUAAAAAAUGAAAAAUGCUACCAAAAUAGUAAUGUUUAAAAUUGAUAAUAAUCUCUAUAACCAUAGCAAAAGUGAUAAGUACUUAGUUGCUUUUGUUAAGUUUUUCAUUAGUGAUGAUAAAUCCUAUUAAAGUGGUAGAAUUUCAUGACAAAUAAUUGUAUUAUUUAUAAAUACUUUCAUUUUAUUUAUUUUUUUGUAAUGGUAACAUUAAAUUGGUAUUCUUUAAAAGAGUUGUAAAUCUACCAAAACCUGAAGCGAAUCCUACAGAAUGUUGUUGCUAGGAUUAAAAAUUGUAUAAUUAUUAAUUUGUUGUUGUAAAUAUGUAUGUUAAUUUUUAUUAAUGAUUUAAUGAACGCGUUUCGUUAUUGAGUAAAUAUAUUUUUUUUGUUUA